AUGGCCUCCCUCCGACCCCGAGCCAUCCCCCUCACUCUCCGAGCCCUCCGCUCAACCCGCCCAACCCCAAGACCCUCAUUCCAACUCCUCACACCCACCCAACCCCUCACCCGCCCACACUCAACCUCCUCCGUCUCCGCCGAUGAACUCACCCACUUCUCCGCCCUCGCCAGCUCCUGGUGGGAUCCCAUGGGCCCCUCCCGAAUCCUGCACCUAAUGAACCCCCUCCGCCACGAAUUCAUCGCCUCCUGCCUAGCAGAAGGCACAUCCUCCUCCGCCCCCUCCACAACCGCAACCCUCAACUACCUCGACGUCGGCUGCGGCGGCGGCAUCUUCGCCGAAUCCCUCGCGCGCACAAUCCCCACCAACCCAUCAUCCCCAGCCCCAACGCCCACGCGCGCCGCCUCAAUGACAGCAAUCGACCCCUCAACGAACCUAAUCCAGAUGGCGCGCGAGCACGCCCGCAAGGACCCAACCGUCGACGACCACCUCCGCACCGGCCGCUUCAAGUACCUCAACACGACGCUGGAGGAUGUUCUCGCGUCGGACACUCCGUCGCAGUACGAUGUGGUGACGCUCUUCGAAGUCCUCGAACAUAUCGAUCCCAAGACGUCGAGCCCGUUGACUUUCCUGACGAAUUGUCUGCGCGCGCUGAAGCCCGGCGGUUGGUUGGUUGGAUCGACGAUCUCGCGGACUCUGCCGUCCUUCAUUCUGAAUCAGGUUAUUGCUGAGGCGCCGUGGCCGAUUGGUGUCGUGCCCCGCGGAACGCAUGAGUGGAGCAAGUUUGUGAACCCGCCUGAGGUGAAGGGGUGGUUGCAGGAGGGGUUGAUGAGGGUUGCUGAUACGGGAGUUUCUAGGGGUGGUAGUGCGCAGGUGGAGGGGAUGAACUGGAAGUGUGUGGGUGCGAUUUAUGUGCCUGGGAUUGGGUGGAAGAUGGUUCCUGGGAGUGAGGAUUGGGGGAAUUAUUUCUGGGCUGUUAGGAAGGGGGAGUAG